AGAAUAUCUGAAUUACCGCGAGACCGAACGAGACGGCCGCUUCCUCAAAAAUGUAAACAGGAGUAACCAUAUGGGAGUAACGUUAGAUGCACUGUGAGUUCUUAAAUGUAACAAAACAUGUGAGCAGAAACUCCAUCGCAUGUGCUGUGAUGGGUUCUGCUCCGUGGCUGAUAAAAUGGAGACUAAAGAGACGGACGAGGUGGAGAAACUGAAGUCCAAGUUAAUGUCAGCAUGGCACAAUGUGAAAUAUAGUUGGGUUCUUAAGUCAAAAACUGCCUUCAGCCGUAAUUCUCCUGUUUUCUUGUUGGGGAAAUGCUACCACUUCACGGCUGUGGAUGAUGAAAGCCCUACUGAGAGUUGUACUGCCGAGGCGUUAGAUGACGAUGUUGUCACAGGUAAUGCUGAUGGAUUUCGAAAGGACUUCACCUCACGAGUUUGGCUGACCUAUCGGGAAGAGUUUCCUACCCUUCCAGGCUCCACUAUCACUUCAGACUGUGGGUGGGGUUGUACACUCCGGGCAGGGCAGAUGAUUUUGGCCCAGGCUCUCUUGCUUCACAUCUUGGGUAGAGACUGGACCUGGUCAGAAGCAAUGACCUUGGAGCCCCUGGAUACGGAGACAUGGACCAGCAGUGCAGCACGAAGACUGGUGGCCACAUUAGAGGCCUCCAUUCAGGGGGAAAGAGUGCAGGUCACCCAGCAGCCUCUCUGUGCUGCUCAAGGAGGGGCUAAGGAGGCUGACUCGUACCUACAAGAGGCAUAUCACCGCACCAUCGUGUCCUGGUUUGGGGACGGACCCUCAGCCCUGCUGGGCAUCCACAGACUAGUGCAGCUAGGAAUGACAUCUGGAAAACGUGCAGGAGAUUGGUACGGCCCAGCAGUGAUGGCACACAUACUCCGAAAAGCUGUUGAUGAAGCAGUAGAUGCAAUGCUGAAAGGGAUAAGCGUUUAUGUAGCACAGGACUGCACCGUGUACAGUGCUGAUGUUAUUGAUAGCCAUUCAGGGCAGACGGGCAGCCACAGUGAUCCUCAGGGACUCAAUUCUGAAGCUGCCCCUGAUAGUAGAGCUGUCAUCAUACUCAUUCCUGUGAGACUCGGUGGAGAGAAAAUCAACCCAGAAUACUUAAGCUUUGUCAAGAGCAUAUUAAGCUUAGAGUACUGUAUCGGCAUCAUUGGCGGAAAGCCUAAACAGGCCUACUAUUUUGUUGGAUUUCAAGAUGACAGCUUGAUUUACAUGGAUCCUCAUUACUGUCAGUCUUUUGUGGAUGUCAGCACAAGCGAUUUCCCUCUGCAGUCAUUUCAUUGCCCAUCACCAAAGAAAAUGCCUUUCAGUAAAAUGGACCCAAGCUGUACAAUUGGUUUCUAUUCAAAAAAUGUUGAACACUAUGAAAGAAUCAGCACCGAGCUGUCAAAGAUAUUGCAGCCUUCAUCGAAAGAGAAGUACCCUGCAUUCACUUUUAUGAAGGGACACGGGAAGGAUUAUGAACUUUCAACUGGCAUAGAAAAGCGAGAAUGGCCUUUCAUCAGGGACACAAGGAAAGCAGGGACAACAUUAGGAGACUUUGUGCUGCUCUGACACUUCAUGCCAGUAAUCCAAAACCAAGUGAUGCACCACAAAUCAAGACUGGCUCAGUCUGUAUUUACACUGUGGGUCUAAACUGUAGGAUUCUUUGCUACACUGUCCUUGUGUCAUUUCAGAAAAAGCCUGACAUCUGUCAGUGUGUACGUGAAAGCAAAGUUUGAUAAAGAGAUGGUAGUCAUAGUCUGGAGUGCACAUGGACCACAUUCGAUUUGAUUACAAUUAUAUGUACAACCUAAACAUGCAAACAUUUCAGUGUGUUCGUAUAAAUGCAAUGGACGUGUAGUCAAAAUGUAAUUUUUUUUUUAUUUUAUUUUUUAUACAAGAAAAAGUUCUCAUUCAUGUUUCUUUAACAUAUAGUUAAUUUGUUUUAAAACAAUGAAUCAAAACACCUAUCUAGUCUACUUUUUGAAAUUUAUACAUGAUAUAGUGAUUCAUAGAACUUAUAUUUUAUUUUUGACACGUUUUAUGUUAUGGAAGGAUAAUGUGCCUUCACAAGUGAGUAGAAAUCACUGUAUCACAUAUAACUAAAUCCAGAGCCUAAAUAACUCUUAAAAGCCCACUCUGCCACCAGCUUUUUAAGAAAUAUUAAUUCCAUAGCACACUGAUAUGCACAGAAGCUGUGCUUAAUAUAAGAUUUUAAUUUUAACAACAAAACAGUGGUAUAAUGCAAAUAUGUGAAAGGAUCAUUUAAGAGCUGCAAAGAUCUCAUUAGUCUUUGGUAGCUCAGUGGUUUUUUUUUUUUUUUAUAGGUUUAAUGGAAAACAUAAACCAGCAUGAAUCAAGGAGUAAUUUAUUAUUAAAUUAUGCCUUAUUUAUAUAACUUCAGUAUUUUUUUCAUGGUGAUAUCAUUUUAACAACAUUGUCAGCAUGACGAAAUUGUACUGACAUAUCAAUUGCUGUGAUUAACUUUCAUUUUUGUUACAAACCCCUUUGAACCAAAGCACUCUGCAUUGAACAGAACUGUAACAUAGCUCUAACACCAGUGUUCACAUAUUUUAUUUAACCAGCGUAACUGUGUUUUCUGUUUAUGCAAACCUAUUAAUUCCCCCAUUUGUCAGUUUGAAGGGUUUUGUAAUUUACCACAGUGUACUGUUAUGUCACACUUUAAUUGCCAAAAUAAUUUGCACAAUGAACAUUUCAGUUUUAUAACUGCUGAUUUCAGAAUUGUACAAUAAAUCUAAUGUUUUUUUUUUUCUUUUUUAAAAGUGAUUCUACUUAUUUGUCUGUAAUUACUUAAGUUCUUCUUCAUUCCUUACUGUACAGCAAAUUUGUUAUUGACCUAUUUUCACUCUUUUAACUCAUCUUGCCCAACAAACACUGAAAAAUGAAAAUGACUUGCACUUGCUAACUCUCUUUCAUAACC